UUUUAUAGUAGAAUACUUGUUUGGGUCAGGUAUUUAUUCUUACACUAGAUUGCACUACUCUUUCGCUUUUGCCAAAUAUCAACCAUACAACUAUCUCACUUUAAGUUUUAAAAGUGUACAUUAGUUCAGUCACAAAAACAGACCCAAUGAGUAAUAGUGAUAGUGAUGAUCAUCCGCGACUAAGCUCGAGUACGCUUGCCGCAUUAGAGGAAUUUUUGAAGGAGAAAGAAGAGCGAGAAAAUUUGUUGAAGCUGAUAUCCGAAGAUCAAGUGCCAGAUACUCCUUUCGAUGAGAAUUGGCAAUUGAGUCAAUUUUGGUAUAAUGACGAUACAAUAAAGGCUUUUGUUAAUGGUGCUCUAAAUUCUACACCAGCAAAUGGAAAGAUCGCUCUAGUUUCUUGUCCAACUCUUUACAGCAAAUUAAAAAAGGAGUGUGGUAAACGGCAAAUCACGCUGUUUGAGUAUGACAGUCGUUUCAAGAUAUUUGGUACAGAUUUUAUACAGUAUGACUACAAGUUUCCUAUGGAUAUACCUCAGCAUAUGUCUAGUCAAUACGAUUUGGUUAUAGCAGAUCCACCUUUUCUUUCGGAGGAAUGUCUAACUAAGGUGGCGGUGACAAUAAAGUUUUUGACCAAGAAAAAUAUUGUUCUUUGCACAGGUGCUAUUAUGGCGGAGCUGGCAGAGAGGCUAUUGGACGUUAGAAAAUGUGAUUUUCUCCCAGGUCAUAAAAACAAUUUGGCGAAUGAAUUUUAUUGUUACUCAAAUUUCAAUUUUGACACAAUUCUGAAAUGAUAAUAAACA